AAAAUAGAAUAGAAUUUUAAUGAACUCUUGUUCCUUCCACAUAUUAAUAGCAAAUCUAUUGCGAUUAAUGAAUCAAUGAGAAGAUAGUUGAGUUUAUAAUGCAAAGAUAACUUUUUGUAAUUUCUUGUUGUCUAGAAGGCAGGAAAGGUAAAAUUGGUUUGAAAUAGGUCUGGUGACGUAGUAUUUCUAGAAAAAUUGAAAUAAUAAUAUCGAUCUGAAUUCAAGACUAAGCCUUUACAGAUAUCAAAAUCACAUAUUCCAUAUUUAAAAGUAAAAGAAGAAAACGAUAAAUAACUGAAAAAAUAAGCAUACCUGGUCUUAAGUGGUCGCAAAAUGAGAUAGUAAACACCCUUGGAUGAGUUUAUUAAAAAAAGACAUGAAAAGAGCUUAAAUUAGACUGCUUCUCUAGCUGACGGAUUGCAUGCAAAAUCUAAACUUGAUAUUUUUAACAUAUGA